CCCUGCUCCGCUCUCCAGCGUCCCGAGUCUGGCGUCCGGUUCCCCGCCGGCCUGAGCACCGACCGCGGGUGCCCGGGGAAGGGUUGGCAUCUUUAUGGCUUGUCGCCUCCAGGCUCGCACUCGCUGCUCUAUUUCGUUACCACCACAUCCCAACCUGGCGUCCUGGAGCCCCGAGUCAUCAUUGUCGGCUACGUGGACGACACGGAGUUCAUGAGUUUCGACAGCGAGGCGAAGGGUCCGAGGACAAAGCCCCGGGGGUCAUGGGUAGAGCGAAUGGGCCAGAAGUUUUGGGAGGAGGAGGUGAAAUAUGCCGAAAGUUACGCGGAGAGGGCCCGGGAAAACCUGCGCCUGGCAAUGAGAGUCUACAACCACAGCGAGGACGGUUCUCACACCAUCCAGUGUUUAAUCGGCUGCGAUGUUGGGCCCGACCGGCGGCUGCUCCGAGGGUACUAUGAGCACGCUUACGACGGCAAGGAUUACCUCAGACUGAACGAGGACCUGAGCACCUGGAGCGCCGGCGACGCCUCGGCUCAGAUAGCCGCGCGCCAGUGGAAAGCCGACGGCGUGGCAGAGCGCAUCAGAGCCAUUCUGGAGGGGAGAUGCGCAGAGACCCUCCUCAGACACCUGGAGAUAGGGAGGGAGACGCUGCAGCGGACAGAUCCCCCAAAGGCACAUGUGACCCAUCAUCUAAGACAUUCAGGAGAUGUCACCCUGAGGUGCUGGGCCCUGGCCUUCUACCCUUCUGAGAUCUCCCUGACCUGGCAGUUGGAUGGGGAGGACCUGACCCAGGACAUGGAGCUGGUGGAGACCAGGCCUGCAGGGGAUGGAACCUUCCAGAAGUGGGCAGCUGUGGUGGUGCCUCCUGGGAAGGAGCAGCAUUACACGUGCCAUGUGCAGCAUGAGGGUCUGCCUGAGCCCCUCACCCUGAGAUGGGAGCCGCCUCCUUGGCCCAAGAUUGGAAUAACUGUUGGCGUGGUCCUUUUUGGAGUUGUGGUCACUGGAGCUGUGGCUGCCAUCGUAAUGAUGAGGAAGAAAAGUGCAGUACCUCAGGCUGGCUUUGAACUCACUGUGUAGCUGUGAUGGUUACUUUUGGAUGUCAACUUGACUGGAUUUAGAAUCUCCAAGGAUACACAGUUCUGGGUGCGACUAUGAGAAAGUUUUCAGAGAUGACUGAAUGUGAAGAAUGUGGGUGACACUAUCCCUUGGGCUAGGACCAAGAGUGACUAAAAGGAGGGACAGGAGAAAGCCAGAUGCAAUCUCUAUUCUUCUCUAUUCUUCUCUAUCCACUCAAGUCUGAGGAGUCUCAGCCACAUGCUCACAGCUGCCAUGCUCUCCACCAUGCUCUAUGUUGAGAUGGACUGGACCCUCUUAAAUCAUGAAUCUGAAUAAAUAUUUUAAAUUUG